UAUGUGAGUAUCGUUUUUUCCAAGCUGAUAAAUCACCACGGAGAUAACGGUAGUUGAUGGUGUUUUUUUUACUUGUUUGUUUAUGUGUCAAACACAGUUACCAAGAGCCACUCUGAGUGGGGAACGGAGAUGGCUCUAUUACAGACCAGUUACGACAACCGGAGUAAAGAAAUAGACCAGUUACAGACCAGCAACACCAACCUCAUCAAGGAGAAAAACCAGUUAGAAACCAGAUGUAACAAACUGACAAGAGAGAAAGACCAGUUACAGACCAGUUACAACAAUCUGCUGGAAGAGAAGGGCCAGUUUCAGACCAGACACAACAAUCUGGUUAGAAAGAAAGACCAGCUGCAGACCAGUUACAACAAUCUGGUUAGAGAGAAAGACCAGCUGCAGACCAGUUACAACAAUCUGGUUAGAGAGAAAGAACAGCUGCAGACCAGUUCAACCACAGCCCUCCAGCUGAGUGGCUGCUUCCUGGUGGUCCUGAGUCAGUCAAACACUCGCUGGCCCGAUCUUGCCUUGCCUGCCACUUGCUCCACUUUGGCUUUUCACCUUUGCCAGCUCCAGCUCCUCUUACCGGACCCUGGAUUCCCCGAGCCUGCCUGCCCUUUCACUUUAGUUCCCCCUGUCACAUCCCCAUUUGCGGAGGACAGGAGGAAGAAACUUCGUGAAGACAAUAAAGGGUGGAAGCAAAUCGACAUUUUUCUUCUCUUGGCCACGGCAGGCCUGCAUGUAAACAUGUCAGAGAAAAUGUAUGACUGUGACUACUAUGAAGACAUCAGACAGAGGCGUUCAGAGAGGAAACUGUACCGACUGGUUGCCGUUAGAAAGCGUUCGCGAUCUCCUCCCCUUGGCUACACCGACAUCUUUCCUCAAUAUGACCGUUAUCUCUUAACAGGUGACCUUUCCCAACAAGGAUGGGUGUACUUCAACAAUAGUUUCUAUUACAUUUCUACUUCGAAAAACUCAUGGAAUGACAGCCGAAGUGACUGUCUGCAGCGUGGUGCAGAUCUGGUGGUUAUCAACAGCAAAGCGGAACAGGAAUUCACAAGACAUUUCGGACAGCACAUCUGGAUCGGCCUCACUGACCAUGAGAUGGAGGGGAAAUGGAAAUGGGUGGAUGGGACUCCACUGACGAAGAGCUACUGGGGCACCAAUGAGCCCAACAGUUAUAAAGGCAGCGAUGAAGACUGUGGAGAAAUAAAGUUCUUUGCAGAGGAAAACAACUGGAAUGAUAAACCGUGCCACGUUAAAAAUGUCUGGAUAUGUGAAAAAGCUGUGGCUCCGUGAGCAUCUGAACCCACCACAUAUGAAGCAUAUCGCUUUUAGCUACAAUAACAGAAAAACAUUGUCUAUGGCCAAGCUGCAGGUAAAGUCUCUCAUUAGCAUACUGGCAUGUUUUAUUCUCUGCUGUGACUGCUCAUAAUCCAUAAAAUAGUCUUCUAAUCAAAGCCAAAAAGUGAUGCUGAUGAGUGAAAAAAGUCAUUUGAAUACUGUUAAAUUCUUCUUUUUUGACAAAUAUAGCUCAAUUUUAACGUUAAUGGAUUUGUCAAAAGUGUUAAGACCACAGCUGUUUAAAAAUGUUUUUGCUUUUUGUGCUCAUCUAUGCUCAUGUACAUUUGCAGAUACUGGCAAGUUCAGAAUUUAACAACAAAAAGUUCUUAUAAUAUUACAGCAUUUGUUGACAAUAUUAUAGCUGCAUGUAUUUAAGAUCAUGACUGCAGACUGUGUGUGACGAAUCUGAGAGUGAAAAACAAGUGAAUAUCUGUAACUAAUGUUUAGACACAGACUUUACUUGAAAUAUCAUGUAAUGGAAAUAUUGCACCUAACACUGAAUGAUAAUGGAAAAAAUGUAACUUCCCACUUGAUGGGUGUGCUUCAUGUUGCCUUAAACGCAGCAUAAAUAUUGUGGCAUGAUGUUGCUUGACUGGUUGUCUUCAGCGUCACUGGUUGUUAUAAAUAAACUUUAUGAUUGUAAUGAAAAGGUCUGGAGUUGAUUUUGUGUUUAAACAAACACAAUCAUCUUAUACACAGCAGUGGCCAUCUGGUUAUGUCUAAUGCUGUAUGAUGAGAAACACAAUUUUACUAGAUAGCACCAAAUUAUGACAUAUUCUAUGAAACCUUAGAGCAUUGAACUUAAAAUAUUAUACAAGGAAGCCAACA